AUGGCCGGCGUACGGGAGAAGGCUGAGGAUAUGGGAAGCAAGGAGACUGAAGUGGUGUGUUCACAAAAUUCUGCCAACGAUUUUACCAGCGGCCCAUGGCAGCAGAUGUUAAAUGACUUAGAAUUAGACCAGAAUAAUCCCAAGUGCCCACUUGAAGUCUUCAACAUUAAAUGGGUUCUUCGAAGAGCAAGCUUGAGAGGCCAGGCUGCAGUCAGAAAAGUGCCCUUUUUAGCUGUUAUGCUACGGAAUCUAGAUGUGACUCAUGUUGAUGCCCAAGCUUUGCUGAGAGACAAAACUGGUGAAAUGAAUGCCACAAUUGCAAGUUCCGUGAUGGAGGAGUAUGGACCUGUGCUGCAAACCGGGUCUGUCUUGCUUCUGCGCGGGGUCACUGUUCUGUCUCCUGUUGGCGUAAGAACCACUUCAAGAGAACACCUACGGAAGCACUAUCUCAAUAUUACCCUAAAUACUGUUGUUACCAUCUAUACUCCAGAUGAUUCUGGAAAUGUUGUCAGAACACUGAUUAGUGAAGUAGACAAGAAUGAGUUAUAUAAUGAAGCAGCUGCUCCCAAAACUGCUGCCUGUUCAAGAGCAAUUGUGGAGGAGGAAGAGGAUGAAAUAAUGGAUAUGUCAUUGAAUAAUAAUCAGUCCCUUUUUUCCAUGAAUGAUUCUUUUGCUAGAAAUUCACUCCACCCCAAUCAAGUGUCAUUAAAUCAAAAACAAUUGCCAAAUUAUAGGCCUCCAAAAAUAGGUGGCAACAACUCGGUCCAGAAUUUCAGUCCAAGAGUGCCGAGCAAGAAUAAUUUAACACAUACUCUCAGUGCAAAUGGUCCGAGGUUGCAGUCAGGAGUCAGUUCAGUUCUGCCUGGCAUUGCAAACUCUCCUCAAUCAAGGGGAUUUCAAUUCAGUCACCCAAGAGUAUCAACUCCAGUCAUGAGCAGAAAUUAUACUGCUAGACCUGAAAGACCACAGCUUGGAGCACAACAAACUCAAAACACUAGUUCAUCACAGAGCAAACCAUUCUCCUUUCGGCCAACAGGCCAUCAGGAUGCAGCCACAGCAUCUGGCAGAGCAAGCAGUGGUCGCUGUGAUUUUUUUCUCAAUAGCAAUAUGCAGAUCCAGGAAACUGAUGAAAAGGAAGUUAGAGAUCUGCUCAGCAGUGUUGAUGCUGAAUCAUUGUUUGGAGAUUUUUGAUCCUAUAGUAUAAUUAGUUACUCAGUACUAGAAUCUAUUUUUUGUUUAAUAGUAAAUU